GGGCGGCUGGGCCACGCCGCGCGCCGAUUGGUGGCGUCCGGGACUCUCCCUGCAGGUGACUGACGGCGCCGGCCGUCCCUGCCCGUCGCCCGCCCGCUGCUGCCGCCCGCCCGGGGUGUGGAGCCCGGCCGCUGCUCGCGGGCUGAGUGUCUGUCGCUGCUGCCGCCUCCACCCAGCCUCCGCCAUGGACCUCUUCGGGGACCUGCCGGAGCCCGAGCGCUCGCCGCGCCCGGCUGCCGGGAAAGAAGCUCAGAAAGGACCCCUGCUCUUUGAUGACCUCCCUCCGGCCAGCAGUACUGACUCAGGUACAGUCUUCAGGCUCUCCCAGGAUCAGGGGGACCUUUGCUUUUUGAUGAUCUCCCACCCGCUAGCAGUGGCGAUUCAGGUUCUCUUGCCACAUCAAUAUCCCAGAUGGUAAAGACUGAAGGGAAAGGAGCAAAGAGAAAAACCUCCGAGGAAGAGAAGAAUGGCAGUGAAGAGCUUGUGGAAAAGAAAGUUUGUAAAGCCUCUUCGGUGAUCUUUGGUCUGAAGGGCUAUGUGGCUGAGCGGAAGGGUGAGAGGGAGGAGAUGCAGGAUGCCCACGUCAUUCUGAACGACAUCACCGAGGAGUGUAGGCCCCCAUCGUCCCUCAUUACUCGGGUUUCAUAUUUUGCUGUUUUUGAUGGACAUGGAGGAAUUCGAGCCUCAAAAUUUGCUGCACAGAAUUUGCAUCAAAACUUAAUCAGAAAAUUUCCUAAAGGAGAUGUAAUCAGUGUAGAGAAAACCGUGAAGAGAUGCCUUUUGGACACUUUCAAGCAUACUGAUGAAGAGUUCCUUAAACAAGCUUCCAGCCAGAAGCCUGCCUGGAAAGAUGGGUCCACUGCCACGUGUGUUCUGGCUGUAGACAACAUUCUUUAUAUUGCCAACCUCGGAGAUAGUCGGGCAAUCUUGUGUCGUUAUAAUGAGGAGAGUCAAAAACAUGCAGCCUUAAGCCUCAGCAAAGAGCAUAAUCCAACUCAGUAUGAAGAGCGGAUGAGGAUACAGAAGGCUGGAGGAAACGUCAGGGAUGGGCGUGUUUUGGGCGUGCUAGAGGUGUCACGCUCCAUUGGGGACGGGCAGUACAAGCGCUGCGGUGUCACCUCUGUGCCCGACAUCAGACGCUGCCAGCUGACCCCCAAUGACAGGUUCAUUUUGUUGGCCUGUGAUGGGCUCUUCAAGGUCUUUACCCCAGAAGAAGCCGUGAACUUCAUCUUGUCCUGUCUCGAGGAUGAAAAGAUCCAGACCCGGGAAGGGAAGUCCGCAGCCGACGCUCGCUACGAAGCAGCCUGCAACAGGCUGGCCAACAAGGCGGUGCAGCGGGGCUCAGCCGACAACGUCACUGUGAUGGUGGUGCGGAUAGGGCACUGAGGGGUGGCGCGCGGCCAGGAGCACGCAUGGUAUUGACUUAAAAGGUUCAUUUUGUGUGUGUGCACAUUGUGUGUUUUGUGUACUCCUGUGGGACUCCCAUGGUUGUAAAUAAAGGUUUCUCUUUUUUUUUCCUA